CAACAAGAAGGUUUGGGCAAGCCCAAAGGCAGAAUCCUCCUCUCUCCCAUACAACUAGUAAAAAUGGCUAAGGAUAAGACCACCCAAAAGCGUUCCACUCUUGCUGAUGUUGUCACCCGUGAAUACACUAUUCACUUGCACAAGCACGUUUUUGGCCGCUCUUUGAGAAAGCGUGCUCCUGCUGCCGUCAAGGCUGUCAAGGACUUCGCUGAAAAGGCCAUGGGUACUAAGGAUGUCCGUCUUGAUCCUUCUUUGAACAAGGCUCUCUGGUCUCGUGGUGUUAAGCACGUCAACCACCGUAUUCGUGUUCGUAUCUCUCGUAAGCGUAACGAUGACGAAGAAGCCAAGGAAAAGCUCUACUCUUAUGUUACCUACGUUCCCGUUACUGACUUCAAGGGUCUUCAAAAUGAAGUUGUUGAAGAUGAAAACUAAAUUCACCUUCUUUAAUAUAAACAAUCUUGAAUAAAACCCACCACAAUAUUGUCAAU